GGGCGGGCUGAGGGCAGCGGAGCCAUGGCGGGCCCGCUGUGCCAGGGCUGGGGCCUGGGGGUGGCCCUGCGGAGCCGCGCCGCGCUCCGGCCGCUCGGGCUGCUGGCACCGCCGGCACGGGGGGUGCUGGGGCCGGCAGCGGGAUCGGGAACGGCGGUGGGAUCGGGAACGGCGGCGGGAUCGGGGGAGGCGGCGCUGGAGGAGAACCCUUUCUACGGGAAGUACCGGCACAAGAUCCAGGAGCUGCGGAGGUCCAAUCCAGAUGUGUUUGAAUCCCGUAUGGAAAAAAGAAGUGAAGUGAAAAAGCAGCCCGUGGGACAUUCCAAACAAGGAGAGUUUAUCAGAUGCAUGGAGGAAAAGGCAGAAGGUUUGGGCAGCAAGACAUCAAAGGGAGGAUUCACAAAGGAUAAGACACUUGAUUCAAUUCUUAAUGUUGAGAUGGUGAAAGAAAAAUCAGCAGAGGAGAUAACACAGAUUUGGAAUCAGUAUUUUUCUGCAAAAGACACAGUUUAUGCUGUUAUUCCUGCAGACAAGUUUGAUUUGAUGUGGAAGAGGGCCCAGAAGUGUCCAUCGUUUCUAUAUGCUUUGCCAAGAAAAGAAGGCUAUGAGUUCUUUGUGGGGCAGUGGUCUGGAACAGAAUUACACUUCACUUCCCUGAUAAAUGUUCAGACCCAAGGUGAAACUGCUCCAAGCCAGUUGGUCUUGUACCAUUAUCCUGAACUGCAGAAGGAGAAAGGGAUAGUACUAAUGACAGCAGAAAUGGACUCCAAGUUCUUGGUGGUCCAUGAUGCCCAGUGCUUGGCCAACCAGGUGCAGCUGUUCUACGCCACGGAUCGCUCCGAGACCUACGGAUUAGUGGAGACCUUCAACCACAGAUCCAGUGAAUUCAAAUACAUGGCAGUUAUAGCAGAGCUUGAGCAGAGUGGGCUUGGAAGAGAACUGACACCUGGGCAGGCUUCUGACAAGUCAUAGAGUCUGGCCUGUGGUGAAAGGAGCCAGCAGAAGCAGGGGGUCCUAGGAGGGGUGGUCCAGUGUCUUCUGUUUUACAGUUUGGAUUUGGCCCCAGAAGGACUCUGCAGACAUCCUGGGAGAGUGACGGUCAAGCCUGUCUGGCACCGAUGCAAGAUGAGAACUUGGGCCAUUUGAACAACAGUAACUAAUUGCUAAAAAAUGGAGCCCAGUACUUCAGUGUAACUUCAUCAGAAAGAGCCAUUUUCCCAGUCUUGUAACUUCCUGCUGCCUGCUGGAUUGUGGAAAUCUGAAAUAAAGUGACAGAAGGGGAGCUAUGUAACGGCUGUACUGACAUCAGGAAGGAGAUGACAAGCAAAGUUUCUUCUCAGUAAACGCAUUUUAAAUGCCCCCCACCAUUAUAAUUGCAUGGUUCAGUGCUUCUUAAUCUGUGUGGGAUUCAUACAGGCUUGUCCAUCAAGAAGAAAGAAUAGGAGCAAUGGUCUAAGACAGACACCUCUUUGUUUCUUUGUGAAGUUUCUUACACAGAUAUAUAUUGUGGUCUGAGCUUUUCUCAGGAUUAAAAAACCAGAGUCACUAGAUUUGUUCUGGGAAUUUUCUGUUUCUUAAUUGAUUUAUUAAUUGUAUCCUGUUGUGAUGUUUCUGUAUUUGAGAUGUUUUUGAGCAGUAUGAACAUGGUUUUAUUUUUUCAGUAUAUUUUUAAUCAUGUAAAGGAAUCAUUGCCUGUUUUACAGGAUUAUUUUUUCUUAGGCUGGCAUUUAGUCAGCCAACUCACAAAUGGUAUUUGAAGGAACAAAAAAUAACUCUUGUUCCCACUUCAGGAAAGGCACUAUCCAUAAUAAAGGAAAAAUAGACUGGCAUAGUGACAGAGAGAGUCACCAGCCAGCUUCUUGUUUGUCAAGUGAAUAAAAUGUCUUGGUAUGAAAAUGCAGAGCUGCUUUAACACAGCAGUGUUGGUAAGAGCCUGGCUUUACAGACUGCAGCAGGUUGGGGGUUUCAAACCUGCCACCAGCAGAAGAAUCUCCAAUACUGAUACUUUGAGAUUCUCUUGUGCUCAUUCCCAGCAGAGGUAGGCAGCACAUCCACAAACAAGGACACUGCAGCAGUGUGAUGUGCAGCCUGUGGGGGUUACCAGCACUGCCACCACUGCACAGGGGGACACAGGACAGCCAGGAGCUUCCAGGAGCCACUCUGAAAUACUUCCCAUGUCUGCAUCAGACCCCCAGCACUAACUCAGCACUAAUUAGCUCUGGUCCACAUUGCACCUUGUCAGCCUGCUGGAGCUGGCAAGCAUUCAUCCUCUCCUUAGCCAGAGAAAGGGGGGAAAGAAGGACCUGCAGUUUGUCUCUGAUGGAAGGCAUGCCUGGUAUCAAUUUUCUUCAUUAACCACAACCUGAUAUAAAGCUGUGAUGAAUUAUGAA